AGAGGGGUAACAUUUUGGCGUCAGUGGCAAACGUCAUUGUGCUUGCAUCACAUCACAAUUCACAAAACUGCCACCAAAGAGAAAGCUCUGUCUCUCCCACAACUUAUUCUGUCGCAAACAUUCGACCCACCAACAAUGGCCACAAUCACCACAAGAACUCUUCUUUUCCUAUAUUGCAGCACCCAGGCACUGGGGCUGAGCCAAGAAGCCGCCAACCUUGCACGUGGUCGCAUCUUUGAGGCUGUCUCGUCGCCCUCUGGGAAAUUGACGAUUAGCCCGGAACUAGUCAUUCCAGAUCCGUCCGAUCCUACGGCUAUUUUGUUGCAGACCAAUGCCAUCAACACGUUGAGUGGAAGAAUUCGCACUGCCAAAGCCAAUGCGGCUUGGAUUACAGGCGGUGUCAGUGCCAUUUCCACAUUUGCGGGAGAGCAAGAGGCUGCGCGGGGUGGUUUUCCAGGUCCCGUGCCCUUGAUUUUCUGCGGCAAUACUAAUAAUGACGAUAUUGCUGCACUGGCCGAGGCAGGAGCCAGUGGAGUAACUGUGCCAGUGUGUGGAGGAACCGAAUUGACGUCGCUGGAAGACCUAUCGGGAGAAUGGACAUCGAUCUGUCAAACCUGCGUCGACGCCGGUAUUCAACCCAUUCCAGAAGUAACACUCGCGGGGGCGUUGGCGGAAAAUUUGGGAGAAGAUGAUGUGGAAAGUUUGGUGGAACAACUGUCUACUGCUGCAGGCAUGGACCCUGUGGCUGUGUUAUUGACUAUGAAUCCACUUGCGAGUGACAACGAAGAUGACGAAGAUGACGACAGUCGUGACGAGCCCGUGCCACUCCCAUCCAUCCCCAAGAAAUUGGGCAAGAAAAUCCCCAUUUUGGGCUCUGUUCGUGUCACAGCCGGACAAAAUCGUCUCACUACGGAAUCGCAACGUUUGAAGCAAGCUGGAUUUACCGGUGUCGUCCUUCGCAGUGAUUGCGUCCCUGGAUUCCGACUCAACCCCGAUCUCGACGUGGUGGGUCUGUUUUGGGCUGCCGUUAUUGGGGAAUUAAAGUCCACACGGAGCAAAUCCUUUGAAUUCAAUAGUCGCAACAAUAUGGAAAAGAGCAUGGGUGCCGAAUGGGCCAAGUACCAGACCAACGUCAUUGAAUCCGGUGCCUUGGGAGAUCCAAAUGACUCGUACUCCGUGGUCGAUGACAGCGUUGGUGAAUACAAGGGAUUUGCUUAGGCCUAAUAAAAUGGAAGCAAAAUGAAACGUAUGAUGAUCGCACAAAAGGCAACGUCUUUUCGCAAACAAAAAUGAAAAAUCCAAUUGGACAAUCAAUGUAUUUUAAAAUAUUCGGAAUGAAGAAAGAGCUAGGAACGUGAAGAAAUCGACUUUCUCUCUCUCGAACUCUCUAGAAAGGCUGCUGGCAGCCUGCUUGUAUUUCAUGAUUUCAUUUUUACAUAGUAGAACACACUCCACGU